AAUGUCCUGUUCAAAGGUAAACCCGCAGACGAGCGUUGCCGCCGCGUACCCCGGAUUCGUUUCGCUUUCGGCACCGUUGGAUUCGAGCGAAGAGUUAUGCACAAGCCGGGUUACGAUGGUGCCGGUAGCUGUGCUUCGUCGCCAAAGCGAAAUCUGUGAUUCUUCUUUUUUACCUUAAUUUAUUACCGAGGACACACGCCGAAUAUCAAGAAAACAUGUGACUAAACUCGGCGCAAAAUCCAAGGUUUUAAAUUAUGUAAAUAUGGCAGAAGGUGGAACAGAACCAAAGUCCAAUGACAAUCAAGUAUCUAAACUUCAAUUAGAGGUGAAGGAGUGUCUUGGUAAUUGGCUAGUGUACUUACAGACGCUCAAUGGCCUAUGCACAGCCGGUGCAAAGUUGGCUCAGUCGCUACAAACUCUUUUGUCUGCUCACGAUACAGCUGCGCAAUGUCGAUUAACCGGACAAUGCCUCGCUGGUUGGGAAGAGCUUACAAAAGCAACAUACGUGGCCAGUAAUACAGUAAAGAAUCACAUUAUCUCUGCUUUGAGAGAUCAUGAAACUCGAGACAACGAGGGGGACAAACAUGACAUACUUAGAGAUAAUUUAUUAACUUUCAUAAAUUUGCAAUACCAAUUCUGUGUUGCUUGCUGUGAGUGUCUAGGUGGAAUGGCCGAAUGCUCGUGUUCACAAAGUGGUACUGCCGAAUGCGACAUUGCAUCUUUACAACAGUGCUUUGAAAGAUUAUAUAGUUCACCGCCACUAGUGUCUUCGUCAUCGACGCAACAGUCGGUGCAGAACUGUCAUAGGUCACCAUUACCAUAUCCUUUAUUUCCUCUGCAGGUUCAGAGGAGAUGGUCGGAAACAGCAGCCGCGGAAAUGUCGGGAGAAGCGUCGGAGAACACGAUGAGAAGGUGGUCCAUGCCAUGGGAUUGUCGAAAUAUCACAGACUGGCCAAGACAGGACGCCAGAUCAAGGCUGAGGGUUCCUCAUCAAGACAGAAGUCGAUCGGCUACACCGGAUACGAUCUGGAAAACUUCCACCAUGGCUAGUCAGGAUGGCCUCCAGGAGGCAAUUCAAUUGUUAUCUUGCAAACCAGGAGUUAGACCAUUAAAUCAGCUAUCAGCUUAUACCAAUCAUCAUAUUCCGGGCGUAACUUUGACGACGUGCAACUUCGAAUCAAGUUACGACACGAUGAUUUGGCCCGGAUCACGCAAAGUAGGCCCGUUGAGGUGUUGGCCGCACGAUUCCCACUCGAGCGAGCACUCUGAUCAAUCGGGACGUCGCGAAAGCGAACAAAGUGUACACAGCGGAGAGCAUAGAGAUUCAGAGCAUAGCGUAGCCAGCGGUAGUCACGCAGACAGCAAAGAUAGCAUUCAUUCGCAUAGCGAUCAUAGAGAGGCGGAACUCGGUACCGUAGAUAAUAUGUUACCGUCUCGUAAAAGCAGCUCUUCGACAGACUCUUGCAUAUCAGCCCAUAGUCGUUCAGGUUCCGAGAGCGCCGGUGGUGGGGUAAUUAACACGGAUUUCAUUUCGAGUGUUUACAAUUGUCUGUGUAUUGAGAAACUCUAUCGAUUUCAGGAAUGCGCGAGAUCUCAGUUGUAUUCGAUGUGGAGCGGCAGCGACUUGCCUUUCAUUAAAUUGCCGGAGAGCAACGAGACACAGGACGAUCAUCCGCCUGUAUAAAUAUUUGGUACCUCUCCCCAGAGGCGACCGGUUCUACGUGCUUUCUUCCGGAUGGCUGUAGCCAAUCUCCCAACGAUCGGAACGAUCAAAAUCGUUCGGUAUCGGCUUGUUUUAUAAGCGCGAGAGAGACGGUAACUGACGCGAAUAGUGCGUUCACUAUUGAUUAAUGUAUACGAUCGUUGAAGGAACGCGUGAAACGCGGCCGUUUGAUGGUCAAUAUAACACUGUAGAGUUGAA